CCAGUUGUAUCGAGUGAUCGAGUUGAAAUGACUACCAUCUCAGUCGUAUUCCUCCUCGCCUUUCCUGUGUGCAAGGCUGUGGAUCUGGAAGCCGCGGGCUUGGCUUUCAUUGGAUUCCAAAAAAAGCAUGGUAAAAGUUAUGACAAUAAGGAGGAAGAGAUGAAGAGAGCUGCUAUCUUCCAUGACAACUUGAAUUAUAUCGAGGAAGUCAACGCCCAGAACCUUUCAUACAAGUUGGGAGUCAACGAAUACACGGACCUGACUCUCGAGGAGUUCGCCGCCCUCAAGCUCAGUUCUACCGAUAUGAGCGAAGGCAUGGGAGAUGGAUUUGUUGCUGGAGCUGGACCAACAACUACGACUCUUCCAACGUCGGUUGAUUGGAGAAAGAAGGGUGUGCUCAAUCCGGUUAAGGACCAAGGAUACUGUGGCAGCUGCUGGGCGUUUUCCGCGAUUGGUGCUCUCGAGCCGCGCUAUGCCAUCGCUACCGGUAAACUUCUGUCUUUAUCCGAACAGCAGCUAGUCGAUUGCGCCGGUGCCUAUGGAAACGAGGGUUGCAAUGGAGGCUUGAUGGACAAGGCCUUUGAGUAUAUCAAAGCGACUGGUGUCGACAAGGAGUCGACUUACCCCUACGUCGGUUCGGACGAAACAUGCCAAGCUACGGUUGAGAACAAAACUGACGGACUCCCAGUCGGCGAAGUAACUGGGAACCAAAUGUUGCAUCAAACAGAGAAGGCGUUGAUGGAGGGUGUAGCGGCUGCCCCUGUUUCUAUCGCCAUGUAUGCUAAUCUUCAAUCCUUCCAACACUACAAGUCCGGAGUGUAUUCGGACCCCAAUUGUAAUGCUAAAGGUGGCUCUAUCGAUCAUGGCGUUGUCGCCGUUGGCUAUGGGACCGAGAACGGACAAGAUUACUUCAUCAUCAGAAACUCCUGGGGAAGAUCUUGGGGCCAAGAUGGUUACGUCUAUCUAAAGCGAGGCGUUGGAAGUUUCGGCCAAUGCAAUAUAUACAAGUAUAUGUGUGUCCCGACCCUUAAAUCUCGAUGAAUGUUUCAUCUCCUAGAUAUCUAUGAUUAUGCUAGAUAUCGGUUAUAAGUUGGUUUCGGAGAGGUUUCAGACCACAAUUACGAUGCCUGCAUAGUCCAGAUUUCGUGGCUGGGGCUCCGAUCACUCUCUCGACUCGUAGAAGUCCAUUUUCUAGCUUAUAUUUUGAUGCUCUCAUGGAAGCUUUACUUCAGCAGGUAGAACUUUGUUUUUUUGCAACACCAGGUGUAGAAGGCUGAGUGAGAGGGUUUCGUAUUUCAUUUCAUUUCAUUUCAUUUGAUCAAUCAAUCGCAUACCGUUCUCGAUUGCCGCGA